UGUCAAAAAUUGAUAAAUAAAUUAUUUUUAUUAAAUUUUAAUAUAUAUUUUUUUCAUAAAUAUUUUAGGACAACUAAAAAAACACAUAAUAUUUUCAUUUUCCGCUCAAACGGAACCUAGUGGAAAACCAUUCUAAUUUGUCAGUGUUCAAGUUCUCUCAUUAUCAUUUGUCAGGAAGAAAAAAACAAAAACAAAAAAGGUUCCUUUGUAUUCUCCAGCUACGAUUUCAUUGUUAAUACGUCUCCUCCCCCAUCCUUGUUUGUCAAACGGAGUCCAUAUUGCAGUUAUGGAGAAAACUUCCAACCUCUUUUCAACAGUUGCAGUGUUGAUGGUGCAGUUUCUUAUGGCUUGCUCAGCUACGAGUACUCCAACCAACAUCACCCGUGAUCAAUAUGCUCUUCUAGCCUUGAAAUCCCAUAUCACUUUUGAUCCUAAUGUCAUCUUGGCUAAUAAUUGGUCCACAACUACCUCCAUUUGUAACUGGGUAGGUGUUACUUGUGGCACUCGCCACCUAAGAGUCACUGCCUUGGAUAUUUCUAACAUGGUUCUUCAUGGCACCAUUCCUCCACACAUGGGUAACCUCUCGUUUCUCGCUUCCCUUGACCUUAGUAAUAACAGUUUCAGUGGUCAUCUGCCUAACGAGUUGGUUCAUCUGCGUCGAUUGAAAUUCUUGAAUUUUGAAGUUAACAACUUUAGUGGAGAUGUUCCACCAUGGUUGGGUGGCUUAUCUAACCUUCAAACCUUGCUUCUUUCUAACAACAGUUUUGUUGGUACUAUCCCAUCUUCCCUCUCUAACAUCUCAAAGCUAGAGACCUUGACUUUAAGGUUCAAUUUUCUUCAAGGAAAAAUUCCACCAGAGAUUGGUAGUCUUCAUGACCUAAAGUUAUUAAGCAUGGGACAAAACCAGCUUAUGGGUUCUAUUCCACCCACCAUCUUCAACAUUUCUUCUUUACAAAUAAUUUCUUUUACGAAUAAUCGCCUAUCUGGUAUGCUUCCCGUGGAUUUGUGCUAUCGUCUUCCAAAACUCCAAGAAGUUUAUUUAUCCUUCAAUGACUUUUAUGGCCAAAUCCAUUCAAAUUUAUAUAGAUGCUUAGAGCUUCUCUUUUUGUCGCUGUCGUAUAAUGACUUCAGUGGUCAAAUUCCUAGACAGAUUUGGAACUCAACAACGCUUAAGGAGUUAUAUCUCGGCGGUAACAACUUGAAAGGUGAAAUUCCUAAAGAAAUGGGUAAACUUCAGAGUUUGGAGGUAUUAGCGAUAGAGGGUGCUGGCCUCACUGGUGUGAUACCGCAAGAGAUUGGAGAGCUUAGCAAUUUGAUGAGUAUAGUAUUAGAUACAAAUAGCUUAACAGGCCACAUCCCUGCAACCAUCUUCAACAUUUCAGCACUACUAGUGAUCUCACUUGUGGAUAAUCAUCUUUCAGGCAAUCUUCCAUCAAGUAUAGGCAGUGCACUGCCCAACCUCGAAGAAUUUUUACUUGGAGGAAAUGAUCUGAGUGGAUUUGUCCCCGACUCUAUUUCAAAUGCUUCAAAACUCAGACUUUUGGACCUUUCCUCUAACAACUUCACUGGUUCAAUGCCAAACUCAAUUGGUUACUUACAACUCCUCGAAGAUCUAGUCCUGGCUGACAACAAUUUUGUCAAUGAAUUUUCUACUCCAGAACUGAGCUUCAUCACUUCAUUGACUAAUUGCAGACAUCUUAGACGACUUUGGAUAGCUGAGAAUCCUUUAAUCCACAGUACUCUUCCGGUUUCCAUUGGGAAUCUCUCUGCUUCUCUUGAAAGUGUGGAGGCUAGUGCUUGUGGACUUGAGGGAAGUAUUCCUAAUGAAAUUGGUAACUUGAGCAGUUUGGCAUUCUUAUAUCUACAACGCAAUGGCUUAACUGGGGUUAUUCCGACAACGUUCAGAGCGUUGAGUAAGCUCCAAAGGUUGGGUCUUGGGAACAACAGAAUAAAAGGAUCUAUCCCAGAGUAUAUGUGCCAAUUAUUGAACCUGGGUGAGCUACGUUUGAGCCGAAAUAGACUUUUUGGUCCCUUACCAGAAUGCUUAGGAAAUACAACUUCCCCAAGAUAUCUAUUUCUAGAUUCCAACAGAUUUGGCCCCAGCAUACCAACAAGCUUGUGGAACCUCAAAGAUCUUUUGCUGCUCAACUUAUCCUCAAAUUCAUUAAGUGGUCAUAUAUCCCCAGAAAUUGGGAACUUAAAGGUUGCAAUACUAAUAGAUCUAUCAAUGAAUCGAUUCUCGGGGGAUAUUCCAAGCACAGUCGGAGGUCUGCAAAGCAUAACUAAUCUUUCUUUGGCAUAUAAUAGUUUUCAGGGACCUAUUGUAGAGUCAUUUGGAAACUUGGUGAGCUUGGAAUUUUUGGAUCUAUCUCAUAACAGCCUCUCAGGUGUGAUUCCUACGUCCUUACAGAAACUGUCGUAUCUUAGAUAUUUCAAUGCAUCCUUCAACAGACUAAAAGGUGAAAUUCCCGCUGGAGGACCUUUUGAAAACUUCACAAGUCAAUCUUUUAUGUCAAACAAAGCAUUAUGCGGUGUUUCUCGUUUCCAAGUUCCACCAUGCGAUAGUUCACUUGGCAAAUCAAGAAAGAAAAGAGUGCUUCUAGUCAUAUAUAUCGUGUUUCCCAUCGCAUCAGUACUGGCUGUCAUGAUCUUCGCAUUUGUUUUCAUAAGAUGUCGAAAGAGAAGAAAUAGAAUGCCAAUUCAAACAGAUGUGUUAUCUGCAAUUACACUCAAAAGAAUUACAUACCACGAACUUCUACGAGCAACCAAUCGGUUUGGAGAAAGCAACUUGCUUGGCAUGGGAAGUUUUGGUUCAGUUUACAAAGGUACAUUAGUGGAUGGGACUGUCUUGGCAAUAAAAGUCUUCAAUUUGCAGGUUGAAGGUGCUUUCAAGAGUUUCGAUGUUGAAUGUGAAAUAUUGCGUAACAUUCGCCAUAGAAAUCUCACCAAAGUUAUCAGCAGUUGCUCUAACUUUGAUUUCAAAGCCUUGAUACUUGAGUACAUGCCUAAUGGAAGCCUUGAAAAGUGGUUGUAUUCUCACAACUAUUUCUUGGAUAUUUUACAGAGAUUGGACAUAAUGAUAGACGUGGCAUGUGCACUGCACUAUCUCCACCAUGAUUAUUCAAUGCCUGUUGUUCAUUGUGAUUUAAAACCGAGUAAUGUCCUUUUAGAUGAAGAUAUGAUUGCACAUGUGAGCGACUUUGGCAUAGCGAAGUUCUUAGGAGAGGGGGAGAGUACUGCAUUAACAAAAACUCUAGCAACAUUCGGUUAUAUUGCACCAGAGUAUGGAAUGGAAGGAUUAGUAUCCACAAAGUGCGAUAUUUAUAGUUAUGGUAUUAUGUUGAUGGAAACAUUUACAAGAAGGAAACCCACCGAUGAAAUAUUUGCUGGAGAUAUGAGCCUCAAGAAUUGGGUUAACCGGUCAUUGCCUAAUGCAAUAAUUCAGGUUAUAGAUUCGAACUUGUUAAGGCCAGACGAAGCAGACUUCAUUGCAAAGUUGCAAUGUGUAUCAUCCCUCAUGGAAUUGGCUCAGAAUUGCUCUGCAGAAUCACCACAGGAGAGAAUCACCAUGAAAGAUGCUCUAAUUGCACUCAAGAAGAUCAAGCUUCAAUUCCUCACAAAUCGCAAAGGGACUUGAAGACUCCGACAGGAUCGAACCCUUGUAGCUCCUCGUAUUCAUUAUAAUAGAAUCCUGCUGCAAAGACAUUUGCUUUCAAGACAGGCAAUCAAGGUAGAGAGAUGUGUCUAUAUCCACUUAUAUAGAUCAAAGGAGUCUGCACAAAUAAAUAAAUAAAUAAAUAAUUCAUGAGGAAGCACAUAUAAACCUAACUUAUUAUUAUUAUUAUUGUUAUUAUUAUUAUUAUUAUUAUUUUCAUUGAACAACCGUUUAAAUAUGGUUUCUUGUUUGGAAUACUUUUAAUAUUUGUAUGUAAUGUUCAUAAUAUAUGUGGCAUGUUUGGCUGCUGCAUUAAUAAAAUUAUAAUGUUUGUAUGUAAUGUUCAUCCAAACAUUAAUUGAAGGAACAAUUAACUAAUUUCACAAUGAACAUAAUAAACUAAUUUCAUCCAUCAUAUUCUCAUUAGAACACAAAUAAUUCAUUGCAUAGAAAAAUAAUAAUAAAAAAAUAGAAGUGUAAUAAUUAAGAUUCAAAAAUUUUGCCCAAAAACUAGAAUAAGAAAAAAUUGAAAAAUAUAGAAUCCAAACAUUAUAAAACUGAAGUAAUAAAAUUAAAUAAGGAAAGAAAAAAAAAAUGUUAAAGCACAUACAUCAAUACAUCAUACAUAAGAAAUUUGAAAAAGAUAUAACAAAAAUAAAAGGAGAAGAAGGGAGAAAAAAAAAAAAAAAAUGAGAGAACUUUGAAAGAGAAAAAAAAUAAGAUUUGCUUGAGGAAGAGGAAUAUAUAUAAUUUUGAAGGAAGUUAAAGGAAAUAGAAGAAGAAGAGUAAAAGAGAAAAAUAAAAAAUAAAAAAUAAAAAAAAUAGACAGAUUUUUUCUAAAAAAAUAAAUUUCAGAAGGGGCAUUUAUUAAUAUUUUACAAAUAUACAGGCAAAAAUAAAAAAAAUAU